CACGGGGAGGACAUGCCAACUCCACACAGACACAGGGAGGACAUGCCAACUCCACACAGACACAGGGAGGACAUGCCAACGGAGGACAUGCCAACUUCACACAGACAUGGGGAGGACAUGCCAACUCCACGCAGACACGGGGAGGACAUGCCAACGGAGGACAUGCCAACUUCACACAGACAUGGGGAGGACCUGGGAAGCAAACCCACGUCUCGUGAAACUCGAGUCAGACAUGAAGUGGAGCAGGGUGUGGAUUCCAGUGGAGAGAGGCGAGCUUUGACCCCCUGAAACAUUGCUGCCAUUUUACUUAUUUAUGUUUGAAUUACAUGCUUUAAAGUUACGAAGAGAGAUUUAAGAGAGAAUUAUACUCAUUCAUUUUAAAAGAUAAAAUUUAAACCCAAUAUAUAACCUUUUCAGCUGCUAGGUGUGGUGGCUCUGCUUUUUAAGGUUUAAGUGCCCCAUCUGCACACACCUGUUCUUCUGUAUUUUUUGCCCUUAAAACAGUAAGUUAUUAAAAGCACACAUGCCUGCUGAGUUGCCUCGAAAGCCUGCAUAUUGUAAUCUUUUUAGUUAGCCAAUAAAAGGUGUCAUUUUGCUUGGCUUUUCUCUGUUUAGUGAGAGCAAAGGUUUCUCAACUUCAAUUGUUUAACCGUUUUUUGCGAUUUAACCUUUAUUAGAAAAACACUGCACCGAACAAAGAAAAAUGAGAGCAUCUUUUUAUGACUAGAAAGAACAAAACCAACCCAAAUCUGUCUCUUGAACAUUACGAAUCUUUCUGCAAAAGUCCAUCUUACUCGAGCUGAGCCAUAGCCGCAGAGGCGCGUGCUCGCGCUCCUACCUACUGCGCAUGCUCAGGGGAGGUCCGCUCGAAGAAUGUAGUGAACUGAAGCGAGGCGAGCGCGCGUCUGCGUGCGUCAUGGCGGCUGACUUGCUUCGUACGUGUAGAGCCGCGGCUUAGAUCGAGAAACUAGCACAGCAGAGGUCCGGACCAGAAGCUGUCAGCUUGACCCCGUGCCGUUCCUGCACUGCUACAAUGGCCGAGAGUGAAUACGGGCGCUUCGUGGACUGGGAGAAGAUGGGCGAGCUGGCGCACAGCAGCGGCCCCAGCCACCUGUCCUGCACGGACUUACGGGACCUCAAGCAGUUUGCCAGACAGGGACUCUGGUCGCAGAACCAUGGCACGCGGUCCCAGGUGUACCAACAGCUGAUCAGAGACGUGCCCUGCCGCACGGUGACGCCCGAUGCAGACGUCUAUCGAGAUAUAGCCGACAGAGUUGGGAGGAGACGCAGCGCCUGCUCUUUGCCCCUGCCGGACUUUGUGGACGGCGGCCAAGUGCCCUCGUAUUGCCUGAACAGUGACGGGACGGGCGCGGUGCGCAAGAUCGCCACCUGCAUCGCCAAUCAGUUCCCCGACAUCUCCUAUUGCCCUGUGCUGCCCAGCAUCAUCGCUUUGCUUCUGCAUUUUAGCAAGGAUGAAGCCGAGUGUUUCGAGAUGGUCUGUCGCCUGCUGGCCUGCAAUGACCCCGGCCGCAGGCUGCUGGACCAGACUUUCCUGGCAUACGAGUCUUCCAACAUGACCUUCGGAGACCUUGUCAGCAAAUACUGUCCCCGUGUUCACAAGCUCGUGGUGGCCUCGUCCCAGGACGUCCUGGAUGUGUACUCCGACUGGCUGCGCUGGAUUUUCGGGGACUUGCCUCUGCCCUACGCGGCCAGAGUUCUGGACGUGUUCUUUGUGGAGGGCUACAAGGUGCUCUAUAGAGUGGCCCUGGCCAUCCUGAAAUUCUUCCGUAAGGUCCGAGCCCAUCAGCUUGAAACUUCUGGAGACCUGAAGCAGGACAUCCAUACUUUUGUGCAGGGAAUCGGCAACUUUGUGACGUCCCAGAAACUGCUGGAGAAAGCUUUCGCUAUUCGGCUCUUCAGCCGUAAAGAAAUCCGGCUCUUGCAGAUGGCGAACGAGAAAUCUUUGCAGCAGAAAGGCAUCACAGUGAAGCAGAAGAGACAGAAUGUCCACCUGGCCGUAGAUGCAGACAACUUUCAUUCGGACAUCGUAAGCUCAAAGGAGAUGCGGAAUAUCUGGUCUUGGGUUCCAGAACGGUUUGCAUUGUGCCAGCCUCAGCUGCUCUUCACCACGUCUGAGCAUGGCUGCAGUCUCACCAGAUUUUAUGCGCAGUGCCAAGGCAAUGAGCCCACCUUGCUUCUGAUUAAGACUACUGAGGGCGAGGUGUGCGGUGCUUACUUAUCCACUGACUGGGCCGAGCGCACCGCUGGAAACAAGCUGAGCUUUUUUGGCACCGGGGAGUGCUUUGUGUUCAGGCUCAAACCAGAGAUGGAGCGGUACGAGUGGGUGGUGAUUAAGCACCCUGAGCUGGCGUCGGCGCCCGCUGCCCCUGAUUCGUCACAGACUGCCAGCACGUUGACCACAAACAGUACCAGCGAGAGCCAAGACGAUCCUUCCAGCCGACUUUCUCCGUUUUUAGCUACGCGUCACUUCAACUUGUCUUCAAAGACGGCCUCCAUGUUCAUGGCUGGGAGUUUGGACUUCAUUCUCGUUGGUGGAGGAGAUGGCAAUGCCCUGUAUAUCGACGCUGACCUCAACUACGGACGCACGGCACGUUGCACGACAUUUGACAGUCCGCCCCUGUGUUCUGAGACCUUCCAGAUAGCCGUGCUGGAGGCCUGGGGCUUCCAAGAUGCGAUAAACUCCUAAAGCGCGACGUGAGGGUUGGUGAAAAACAACAUGAACAGCCGAGAGAAGGGGAGGCAGCAGCUGGAGGGCGAAGACGUGGCGGGCGGGCGGGCGGCCGGCCAUUAGCUCUGUCACCAUCGCUGAAGGAGUCCCGUUAAGCACGUUGGAACGGAGCGGAGCUCUUCUGUGCAAUCCGUCCCUCUUCGCUGCUUGCUGGUGUUGACGCACGUUUUGUGUGAUUUUAGGGAUUCUGUGCGUCCUUCCAAAAUCAAGAAUGUAGCGCGUCGAUGUUCAGCUGCUGCUACGCCGUUUGAAUGUCACAGCUUUGAUUAGGAACUUCCUCUCCCGGCCAGUCCUGCCACCAAACCCCGCGUUGCUUGUAGGGCAGGAUGGAGCUUGCCGCGAUCUUAUCGUACGAAGGAAAUGGUUUUGUUGAGCUUCUGGCCUGAUGUGUCUGUUAAUGUGAACAAAAUGGCUGCCGAAUGGCCGGGCAAGGCCUUCCUUCUCCUCUCCUCUCUGCCCUUUGACGUUACUGUGAGCACAAAGACAAAUCGUCAUUUUGAUUAGAGAAGACGGAAUAUAAAGUAAAGACGGAUCAAGUCCUUGUGCUCUGCCGGUUUGGAGCUCGUGUCCAUUCAAAUGCCACUCGGGUGACUUUCUAGUGCCACCCCACGUGAGGAGCGCGACAGAAUUUGUGGUCGCCAUGUGUGUGUUUCUCCCUAAUGAUCCGCGUGCUCCGCUUUUCCUUUGUUGCUCUCUUUCUGUUGCCACUGCUGCUAGUGAUUGGUGACCUACCAGGGGAGCAGCGGCGUCACGUCGUGUCACCCUGUCACUGGCGGGGGCUGUAGGAGUGUGUGACGUUUUUGUGCUAAUCCUCUUCACGAUGCCAGCGUGCCUCCUUUUGUCUCGUGCUCCAGUUAUUCUGACUUCUUUAUGGGAAUUUGAAGGAAUGGCUGCCGUGACGGAGGCCCUUUUGACCCUAAUUAUUCCUGCAGCCCAUCGAGGUGGCACAAAAGUGAGGUGCCAGCAGGACAAACGCCGCCUUUCACAUAAUUAAAGCAAACGAACUUCCAUUACUUCAAAGAUUCAUCGUCAUACGACUCGGUCAAGCACACGUCAUGCCACGUGUGUCGCACCCUUCCUGUCCCUAAACGCCCGUCUCUGAGGGUCACUGGACACCACACUCGUUACCACGGGUUUUCCUGCCAAUUGUUUGAUACAUUUUGUCUUUGGUUGGCACUGCGUGUUCUUUAGCCAGACGGGUGUCCCCAGUCCGUCCGUCUAAGACUGAGACUUUUAGUGGGCCGCUGUGUUUGGCAACGCCAAGGCAGGUGCCAGCUGCUGUUUCAAAGCGCACUUUUAACUUUAUCUAAUUCCAUGUCUUCUAUUUUAAUUGUCAAGGCCGUUUACAUUUGCUGAAUUUAAUGAAUUGAACUCUUCAUCUCUGCGGCCUCCUCCUCCUCCGGCCUGCUUUGAUUUGUCGGAGUCGGGACUCGUGACCAGCAGCCAAACGACACCGACUUGCAGGGUGAGCUGGUAACCUCUUGCCAGUCAGAUGUUAAGCACAGGACUUGUAAGUCUUCAGGAGCGGCUCAGUUGGCAUUAUGGCAAAGGAAAGGCCCACCAUGCGGGUGAAAAGCCCGUGCUGCCCCCUCGCCCUCGCCAGCGUUUCCUUGUGUCAGUGGCUGUCGUCUUUGUGAAAUGAAGUGUUGAAUUGGUGCAAUAUUUGUAAAUCAUAAAGGAAAUGAAAAAUCGAGGAAAAUAUCAAUCAGUGUUAUGCAAAUAAACCAAGUGCUGCCA